CAGCUCAAUAAGAAGGCUAAGGAAAUGCGUCUGAAGCUAUUUCCCGGCAAACUCAUUUUCAUGCUUUGCAUUGCAAGCUUUCUCGCCGGAUCGCUCUUCAUGAGCCGGACGUCGAUUCACUCUUCACCGGAAGAGGCCCGGGGUGUUCCAAAACAUGGGGAAGAACUUGGCUCAGCUACACCGGAUUUUGAUAAAAAACGAAAACUGAUUGAAGGUAAUUCAAGAGACAUCUUCGGAGACGUAACCAAGACACAUCAAGCCAUCCAAUCGUUGGAUAAAACAAUCUCAACGUUGGAACUGGAACUUGCAGCCGCUCGGACGAGAAAAUCAAGCAGCCAUUUUUCAGAGGAAAGGGUAUCUAAUCGGAGUAGUGUGCAGAAGGCUUUUGUUGUGAUUGGGAUUAACACUGCCUUCAGCAGCAAGAAACGGCGAGACUCAGUGCGCGAUACAUGGAUGCCUCGAGGGGAGAAGCUCAAGCAAUUGGAGAAAGAGAAGGGGAUCGUAAUGCGGUUCGUGAUCGGACACAGCGCGACGCCGGGAGGGGUUCUGGAUCGGGCGAUCGACGUCGAGGAAGCCGAGAACGAAGACUUCUUGCGGCUCAGCCACGUGGAAGGUUAUCACCAGCUGUCCACCAAGACUCGGCUGUAUUUCUCGACGGCUUACUCCCUCUGGGAUGCUGAUUUCUACGUUAAGGUGGACGAUGACGUCCACUUGAAUGUGGGAACGCUGGUGAGUACUUUGGCGCGGUACCGGUCCAAAGCCAGGAUCUACAUCGGCUGCAUGAAGUCUGGACCGGUUCUCUCCAAGAAAGGGGUGAGAUAUCAUGAGCCAGAGUUUUGGAAGUUUGGGGAAGAAGGGAACAAGUAUUUCAGACAUGCCACCGGUCAACUCUAUGCUAUUUCGAAGGACCUUGCAGCUUACAUAUCUAUCAACUCGCCAAUAUUACACAGAUAUGCAAAUGAGGAUGUUUCCCUGGGAUCAUGGUUCAUCGGCUUGGAAGUUGAACAUGUUGAUCACCGUUCCAUGUGCUGUGGAACUCCUCCAGACUGUGAAUGGAAGAAAGAAGCGAGGGAUGUGUGCGUGGCAUCGUUCGAUUGGUCAUGCAGUGGAAUAUGCAAGUCAGUGGAGAGGUUGAAGAGCGUUCAUGAUGCUUGCGGGGAAGGAGAUGAAGCCAUUUGGAAUGUCGAUCUCUGA